AUGACCGGCUUUACUGACGCGGUCAUGUUCACUGCGGUUUACAUAUGGGCAGGUUUCCAGACGGGGAACACGACGCAGCUUUCUCUAGCUGUUGCCAGACUCUUCGCCGGGCCAAAGGGCCACCACGAUCUCACCUUCCAAAUCUCUGAUAAACAGGCUCUCACAUCGCUCAUGACCUUCAACGGCGGCGCAUUCAUCGGGCGUCUCGGCGACAAGAUGGGGCCCAUGUCCCGAGCUUGGCUGUUCCUUGGUUCCAUGAUCCAGGCGCUCUUUACGAUGGCGGCAGCCAUCGCCGUGUGGAAGAGCGGGGAACCGAGCGUAGCGAGCGACCGAUUCAACCCAGCAUGGACGAGCGCACUGACAUUCGUUGCGAUCGGAUUCAUGAGCGCCAGUGUCGGGCUCCAGGGCAUCAUGGGAAAGCGGGUGAACACGCAAUUUUCGACGACAGUCGUAAUGACAACCGUAUGGUGCGAGUUGAUGGCGGACCCGAACCUCUUCAGGCUCAACCGCUACAUCAUCUCUCGGGACCACAAAGUCAUCGGUAUAUUGUGCCUCUUCGUUGGUGGCUUCGCCGGACGCGCCCUCAUCGACCAGAUCGGGUCUGCUGGUACGCUAGGUAUCGGCACAGGCAUCCGGGUCAUCAUCUCCAUCUGGUGGCUGUUUGUACCAGGGAAGGUGAACGCAAAGAAAGUGAAGGGGCCCGAGACGGCGUAG